ACCGCCGCCGCCGCUGCCACCGCCACCGCCGCCGCCACCGCCGCCGCCAUGGCGCUCAGCGAUGCCGACGUGCAGAAGCAGAUCAAGCACAUGAUGGCUUUCAUCGAGCAGGAAGCCAAUGAAAAGGCUGAAGAAAUAGAUGCAAAGGCAGAAGAGGAAUUCAACAUUGAGAAGGGUCGCCUCGUUCAGACACAGAGGCUGAAAAUCAUGGAGUAUUAUGAAAAGAAGGAGAAGCAAAUUGAGCAGCAAAAGAAAAUUCAGAUGUCCAACCUGAUGAAUCAAGCAAGGCUGAAGGUCCUCAAGGCAAGGGAUGACCUUAUUGCAGAUUUGCUGAAUGAGGCCAAGCAGAGACUUGCCAAGGUGGUGAAGGAUACUGCCAGGUACCAGACACUGCUGGAUGGACUAGUUCUACAGGGAUUCUACCAGCUGCUUGAGCCCAGGUUAGUUGUUCGGUGCAGGAAGCAGGAUCUCCCCAUGGUUAAGACUGCUGUACAGAAGAGCAUUCCCAUCUACAAAAAUGCCAUAAAAAGGGAUGUGGAUGUUCACAUUGACCAAGACAGCUUCCUGCCAGAAGAUAUUGCUGGAGGUGUUGAAAUCUACAACAGUGAUGGCAAAAUUAAAGUUUCCAAUACCCUGGAAAGUCGUCUGGACCUUGUAGCCCAGCAGAUGAUGCCAGAAAUCAGAGUGGCUCUCUUUGGUGCUAAUGCCAACAGGAAGUUUUUGGACUAAACCUCUAUGGGAGAAGGUGGGAUCUGUUCCACUGUCAUACUGAAAGGGAUGCAAAAGCA